AUGAACACGGCUACGGUGGGAGCAGCAGUGACUCCUGCUGUUAUUGAGACCUUUUUGACCCAUUAUCUCAACCGCAAACCCCUGGCUCAAAAGCCCACGGCGCAUAUCUCCUACGACGAGGGCAUACACUUAAUCCGCAAAUUCUUGAUAUAUGCCUCCCAUCAUACUGUCGAGGAAAUUCAACGAUUCACAUCGCAGUGGGUGCCGCAUCCGCACUGGGUGAAGGUAGACGAACUCAAGAUAGCAGACGAAUACACCACGAAGGCUGCGCAGGCCGUACAAGAGCAAUUAGGGCAUCAUGGCAUUGAGAAAGUUGGUGGGAAGACCUGGUGGCAAUGGCGCAGACCGGGGAGCGAGUUGGCAGCCGAAUGGAUUGAAAUGAGGGUUGAUUACCAGGAGAGGAAACGGACGAAGAAUCCUGGGACAAGGGUGAUGCUUUACGUCCAUGGCGGUGCGUACUUCUUUGGAAGUGUAGAUGAGCAUCGGUAUCAAAUGCAGAGACAUGCGAGAAAGCUAAAGGCUAGGGUUUUUGCUCGCACACGAUAUCGACUUGCACCUCAAUUUCCAUUUCCUUGUGGUCUGCAUGAUUGCCUAGCUGCAUAUCUCUACCUCCUGACAGUUCAGGACCCAAGUCAUAUAAUAUUGGCCGGCGACUCUGCUGGGGGAGGCAUGGUGGUGAGCAUGAUGGUUAUAUUGCGGGAUCGAGGAAUUCCUCUACCUGCUGGAGCUAUCCUAAUCUCUCCUUGGUGUGAUCUAACUCACUCGUUUCCAAGUGUUGCUGGUGACAACCCUUUGGAUUACGUUCCUCCGUAUGGCUUUCAACAAAAGCCCUCAGCCUCAUGGCCCCCUCCAAACUCGGACGAUAUGUUAGCGAUCGAGGAAGGUCUCGUCCAGAGCUUGUCCCACAACGACCACAGCAAGCAUCAUCCAAGCGAAACAGACGCUGUUCAGGGUUUCCAUGUUGAUACUCAUCCGAAUGCUGGAACUCAAAAUGCUAAUGCUGCUUCCCGCAUGAAUGGCAAUGUACCAACCGCAAACACAAUCCCCGGUUCUGGUCGGGAUCUUUCUAUAAUGAUUGAUGGCCAAUUGGUCGAGAUCAAAGACCAGAUCCAGAUGUAUGCCUCAAACCAUCUCAUCUCGCAUCCUUUAGUCUCCCCUAUUUUACAGCCUUCACUAGGAGGCCUCCCCCCACUACUCAUCCAAACAGGAGGUGGGGAAAUGCUCAGAGAUGAACAAAUCUACCUUGCCCAUAAGGCUGCAAAUCCAACCAAAUAUCCACCUGGAGACGACUUCCUCGAUGAGAGUCCUCAUGACCACAACAGAAAUCAAGUCAAUCGUUGGAAACCCACUGAUGUCCAACUUCAGGUCUGGGACGACCUCUGCCAUGUGGCACCAACUCUAAGCUUCACCCGUCCUGCAAAAUACAUGUAUCGAUCAAUAGCACAGUUUGGAGCAUGGGCACUUGCUCGAGCUCAGAAGACGGAGAUUGAAAUCUUGGACGACGAUGAUGUUUCAGUCAUUUCUAAGUCCGACUCAGAGGAAGACGAUGCCACCGCUGAGAAGGAGAAGUCCGGUGAUGCAGGCUACAAAGCCGUUGGGAAAGCCGGGGACGCGCUUCCUCCCUUCAAGGACCAUAUGAUUCGUGAACGAGUUGAUCGUCAUGGAAUUAUCAGACCACUUGAGCCUGAAUCAGAACUUCCAGGCUGCAGUCUACUUCCAAGUGAAAUCGGCGUGAUCAAAGAAGGCCCGGUCAAGAAAUGGAUGACCGCGAAACGAGAAUGGGAUACCAGGUACGCCUCAGCAAAGCGAAGAGUACAAAAACAGCGAGCAAGAGAAUUGGCUCAAGGAUACCAACAAUUCGGUGCUGGAGAAGUUCCACCUCCAUCCGCUCUCGCAGGCAGAAGAAAGACUGGUGCCGAUCUCAGAGAAAGGAAGAAGGAACGCAGUUGGGGAAUGAGCUUGUGGUCUCUGUGGGGCAGCAAGCAUGACGAGGACGCGAUUAAACUCGAGCAGGAAGCCGAUAAAGCACCCGAGACGACUUUAGCCUCUGCAGAGGACGGUGCUGGAGCUCGCCCUCUACAUGAUACCAAGACAAACCAAGGAAAGCUGCUGGAUAAGGGGAAGAAACCAUCCAACAGCCGAAGUAGAUCUCGAAGACGAACAGUCACCGAUCAGAACCAGACCGAAAACCAAGACGAAGUGGACGAGAACACACCGGCCGCUGACUUACUUACUGUGAAGAACGAAAAGCCGGGACAACCUUCAGACAACCACUUAGCACCUGAGUUCGCUGCAAAUGGGACCAAUCCAGCGAUAUUGCUCAAAGUUCCAACGAAUGAGGAGUACGAUCUGAAGAGGCCAAAAGCAGACGGGAUCGCAUUCCCAUUUAGUAUUGCAGGCCACAACGCCAGCGCGAGCAUGACAACCCUGACCAGUGAAGUGGGCAUCCCACCCACAAAGGAUCUGCGGACUAAGGAAGUGAUGGAAAGCGGAGUUUCGGUAAACUCAGCUGAUAUCCAUGCUGCUGCUGGGACUGGGAGUAGUAGCGAAGAGGCGAAGGUGAUGAGGGAGAAUGAAAGGCCUGCUGAUGGGACAGUUGUUUUUGGGAAGGGAAAGGGAAAGGAGAACAGUGUACCAAUGAGCUCUGUAGACAGCGAGAAGGUGGCUGAGAAUGGGCAGGUUGUGGGUGCUGAGCGGCCGCCUUUGGAGACGUUCGUUACGGCUGCGAGUAACUUCCCUACACACUCGACUAUCGCUUGA